CUUUGUUUCACAGUCAUGUCGUUUGAAGAGCUUUUAAUAAAUGAGGUGAAAUCUAGACCAUGUCUGUAUGACAUGAGUCGUCACGAUUAUCGUGAUGUUAAUAUCAAAUCCAACAAUUGGGCGGAGAUGGGAGCAUUGCUCCAUGUUACUGGACAGCAGGCAAGAGAGAAGUGGAAGGCCUUGCGAGACAGAUUCGUCAAGAUGAAAAAUAAAAAUGAAAGUACCAUGAAGUCAGGGGCACCCGGAGGCGUUUCAACGAAUAAAUGGCAUCUAUUUGAACACAUGACUUUUUUAGAUUCCUUCGUGCAGCAUCGAAAAACGUCCUCAAAUUUAGAACUUGUCACUCUAUCAGCUGUGGUAGAAGGGGAAGAAGUGUCUGGGUCAUCUUCUGUCGCACCGACACCAAAAAAAAGGAAGGAAGAAGUGAACAUGCGGAUUUUGAAAAUUCUUGAGGAGGAGAAGGAUGAUGAUCCAGACAAAUUCUUCCUUCUUUCACUUCUACCACAGCUGAAAAGACUGUCUCCUGAGCGUGCUUCAUCAACAAAGAUGAAAAUCAUGCAAUUACUCCAUGAGGCUGAAUUUGAGAAAUGAUUCAAAUUCAAUUUCCCACUUAAAAAUUAGAAAAUAAAUUCAAACGUUUUUUUAUCUUAAUUACAGUACAUUACUAAAUUUAAUUGACUCCGUACA